AUGAACUACACACGCAUGUUGGACAAAACAUCAACCAACAAAAAUCUAGAACUUAGUCUCCUACUCAGUUUCCUGGGAUGGGCUCGCAACGACGCAUUUGCAAGGGUGGCAGAUGUAUGUGCUCUCUGGGGCGCAAUCGUUGAUGCCAACACUCACUUGAUGAAACUUGAUGCUCUGCUCGACCAGAAGAAUAUCCAGCAUGAGCGCUUCCCCAUAGGAGAAAUGAUCGAUCUGGAAUUGGAGGGAGCUAGGCAGCUGAUGACCCAUCUGCCUGGAGGCAUGCAUUUACUCACUCUUCGAGGCGAUGGUGAAUUUAUCCUUGCUAUCAGGCGGCUGAAUUUCCUGCGAGAGUACAAUCUCCCGAAAUAG